GUGCAGCUCUGUUUUUUGUGGCAUUUGUACAUUGUAACACAGCUCAGGUAAAUGCAAAAUUGCAGAUAAAACAAAUUUUUGGGGAAAAAAAGUCAAUUGAUUUCAUGUUGGGUAGCAACAUAAGCAAGUCGUAUUAAUCUUUCAAAGCUGCCAUGGCAACUUGGUACCCGCUUGUUCUCCCUGUUUACUCUAAUAACUAUGCGGCUACCAAAUCAGUGGCUCAUGCUUCCAUUGUUUUGUGUCUAGAACUCACAUUUCCAAAAACCAACUUCCAGAAACUAGAUGUCACAUCUAUAAAGCCAUUGUAGAAUCAGAUUUGCAUAUGUGUGACUGUACGCACAUACCUUUCCGCAGAGUCCGUCUGCGUGUUUAUUGAAGACAGAAUGAGUAUGAUUUUGUAUGUGUGUGUGUGUGUCUCUGUCUGAGGGGGAGGAAAUGCAUGCAGUAAAUGGGAGGGAUUUAACAUGCCUCACCAAGGUAUAAAUUGCAAGAAUUUUGCAGUGCGUUGAUAAAAGGUGUAUGUUUGAUCUGGGGACAGAUCAAGCAGCUGUUUCAUCAGCUACAGAACCACUUGAAUCACAAAGACGCGCUGAUGGGGCAGUUUACCUCCAAACGUAACGUAACUGCCAGGGGGGUGCACUCUUCCACCAAUGAGGAGGGGCCUCCCAGGUACUCCUCACACCACUUUGACAGCAGCACCAUGAAUGGAGGCAAUGGACUUCGAAUCCCUCCCACCAUUGUCGUCUCCGAUGAGGAGUCCAGCUCAUCAGAGCGUCGUGGCUCCAGGGCAGAGCUGCGCAGGUCCUCCGUCUACAGCACCAUGGACCUGGUGCCCCAGCUGGAGCAUUACGCCAAUACUUUGCCACGCCAGAUGACAAAGAGCAGGCCGACACUUGAAACCCUGCGCAAGACAUUUGAGGUUGUGGAGAUCGGAAUGGACGGAACGUCCACCUCUGACUCAGGCAGCCUGCCGGCACCAGAUAUGGAAAACGAAGAGUCCGAAGAUCCUAAAGGGAAAGCUCCAGUUAGAUUUGGCUGGAUAAUCGGUGUCAAGAUGCGCUGCAUGCUGAAUAUCUGGGGCGUUAUCAUGUUCCUGCGUCUGUCAUGGAUCACGUCUCAGGCAGGCAUUGUGCUGACUUGUGUAAUUAUCCUGAUGUCCGUGGUGGUGACCUCUGUGACUGCACUGUCCAUCUCUGCUAUUGCCACCAAUGGGAGGGUCAGAUCAGGCGGAGCAUAUUUCAUGAUCUCCCGCACGCUGGGUCCUGAAAUCGGAGGACCAAUUGGACUGGUGUUUGCCUUAGCAAACGCGAUGGCCUGUGCGCUCCACACUGUUGGUUGUUCAUUGGUGGUUCGUGAUUUGAUGCAUGAAUUUGGUGCCGUCAUGGUGGAUCCAAUCAAUGACGUUCGCAUUAUAGGCGUAAUCACAGUCACGGUUCUUCUUAUGAUUACUCAGGCUGGAAUGGAGUGGGAGUCCAAGACCCAGAUUUUGUUCUUCUUAGCGCUUAUGGUGUCCUUUGCAAACUACCUUGUUGGCACCGUAAUCCCUCCAACAGUUGACAAGCAGGCUAUCGGCAUCUUCGGAUACCGAGGUGAUAUUUUUGUCCAGAACCUCACACCAGACUGGCGGGGCGCUCAAAACGAUUUUUUCCGGAUGUUCGCCAUUUUCUUUCCUGCUGCUACUGGAAUUAUGUCCGGGGUCAACAUCUGUGGAGAUCUAAAGGACCCUGCAACAGCUAUCCCAAAGGGUACAUUGAUGGCUAUUUUUUGGACAACACUCAGCUACCUGGUGAUAGCAGUAACUACAGGGUCAUGUGUGGUGCGGGACGCCUCUGGGAAUAAAAGUCACAUCCUGACGGGAAACAACACGGACGGUUGCGUGGGACUGGCGUGUAACUUGGGUUGGAACUUCACAGACUGUAGCCAGUCGCAGACCUGUCGAUAUGGACUCGCCAACAACUUCAAUGUUCUUGGACAACUCUCCGGUUUUUACUACAUCAUCAUUGUGGGAAUCUUUGCUGCCACUUUAUCUUCUGCCCUGGGUUUUCUUGUCUCUGCUCCCAAAAUCUUUCAGUGUCUGUGCAAUGACCAAAUAUACCCUUACAUCAUUUUCUUUGCGAAAGGUUAUGGGAAAAACAACGAGCCACGUCGAGCUUAUAUUCUCUGCUACUUAAUUGCAACAGCCGUCAUCCUUAUUGCGGACCUUAACGCCAUCGCUCCCCUCAUUUCUAAUUUCUUCCUUUGCUCCUAUGCCCUGAUUAACUUCAGUUGUUUUCAUGCAUCCAUCACCAAUUCCCCUGGCUGGAGGCCGUCCUUCCACUACUACAGCAAAUGGGCGGCUCUGUUUGGAGCGAUCAUAUCUGUGGUGCUGAUGUUCCUUUUCACCUGGUGGGCCGCUCUGGUCACCUUGUCCAUCAUCAUCUUCCUCUUAGGAUACGUCAACUACAACAAACCAAAGUUAAACUGGGGUUCGUCAAUGCAGGCCAGCACAUACAACAUGGCUCUGUCUUCCUCCGUCUCUCUGACCGGAGUGGAGGAUCAUGUGAAGAAUUUCAGGUGAGUCGUCCUAAAGAAUAUUGUAGAUUUUCAACAUAUUUUUAUUAUCCCAAUAAUGAUC